AUGUUAUCAGUAAUCAGAGAAGGAAUUGGAUAAUGGAAAAAUUAAUAAAGAGUCAAUUCUUGGUUGUAAUUAUUUAAUGAAUUAUAAUAAUUUUGUUAAUUACCUAAUUUUUUCAAUUUAUUUAUGAAGAAUCAAUCAAUAAUGUGUAAAUUUAUUAUUUGAUUUAUUUGCUGGACCUCCUGAUUCAAAUAAUAAUAAAAAAUUAGAAGAAGAAGAAUAAAAUGCUAUUAAAUUUAUUUAUACUACACUCGUUAGUGUUUUCAAUGCAGUGAAUUUAAAAAGAGUAAGAAAGCUUAUCAUAAAAAAUUGUCAGAAGCUGUUAAAGAAUUAGAAGAAGAAUUAAAUAAAAUUUAACCACCUUCCGCUAUCGAUUUAGAAGGAUCUAGAGUUUUGAAGACACAUAUAAAGAAAUAACCUAAAGUUAAAAAUGUAAAAGAAGGAAUGGCUAAUUUAGAUGAAGUAGAUGUUACAUACACAAAAAUUUAAUAAAAAGAAUUUGAAGCAAAUGAUGAAAAUGUAUUAGAUAGAUGGAGUAGAUAUAUUGGUGCUAUGGGUAUGGAUGCAGUAAAAAAGUAAGCAAAUAGUAGUGUUUUGGUAUCAGGUAUUGGAGCUUUGGUUGAAGUAGCUAAGAAUAUAGUUUUAUCUGGAGUCAAAAUGUUAAUUAUUCACGAUGAAUAAAAAUGUACUUAAUAUGAUCUUAAUGGGUAAUUUUUCAUUGAAGAAAAAGAUAUUGGUAAAAAUAGAGCUGAAGUAAGUUGGGAGAAAUUAUAAUAACUUAAUUCAUUUGUUAGAGUAAAUUAUGAAAUAUCAGAACUACUUAAUAUUGAUUUCACUAAAUACAAUAUUGUAAUAAUUUGCUGAAUUAUGUCGUUAACAUAAAGUGAAAUUAAUUAUAAGUUCAGUUGAUGGAGUAUUUGAAAGAGUAUUCAAUGAUUUUCGUUAGUCAUUCAUCGUUGAAGAUAAGAAUGAUGAAUAAACUGUUGAUUAUAUUGUUAAAUCGGUUACUGAUAAAGGAGAUAAUAAAAUGCAUUUUGAAAUAACAAGUAAACAUGAAUUUUAAGAUAAUGAAAUUGUCAUGAUUGAAAAUAUAGAAGGAAUGAUAUAUUAAAAUAGAAAUUCAAUUAAUAAAACUGUUUAAAAAGUUAAAGUUAUUAGUAAGACUAUUGUAGAAAUAUAAUUAAAUGGAUAUUCUAAAUAUAUUAGAAAUGAAACUCUUAAAUUAGUAAAAGUACCUGUUGAAUUAUCAUUCUAACCAUAUAAUUAAGAAUUUAUUAAUAAACCAAUUUAUGAUCCUAAUAUAUCAGAAUAUGAUUUUAUUAAAUUGUAAAAUACUGAAUAUUUACGUAAUCUUUAUAAUAAUAAAGAGAUUAAGGAUGAGAAUUUUGAAUCCUUAUUUAAACAUUAUCCUAUUUUAGGAGAAUUUUCACAUUUAUCUGCUUAUCUUGGCGAAUUUGUAUCAUAAGAAGCUUUAAAGGGAAUAACUAAUAAAUUUACUCCAAUUUAAUAAAUAUUUUAAUAUCUAAAAAUGGUAAAACAAGUGAAAGAUCUUUAAGUAGAUUCUUGGGAAUAGAAAUUGCUGAUAAAUUAGAAAAAUCUAAAAUAUUUAUGA